AUGAAACUAGGAGGAAAUUUACCACCAAAUACACAUUUGGUGUUUGACAAUUUUUUUACCUCUGUAGUUCUUAUGGAAAGUCUUUAUUAUAGAGGGAUUCUGGCUACAGGAACAGUCCGAAUGCUACGUAAAAAUCUUCCUAAAGAGUUGUCUACACGAAAACCUAAAACUCCUGGAGAAAGAAUACUGGCAAAUGAAACUAAAUUGAAUCCUGGAGAGUUUACAUACCGCUUCUGUCAUCCUUGUGCUGUGGUCAAAUGGAAGGAUACCAAAGAUGUGCAUGUUUUGUCGACGGCAGUUAACCCAACCAAAGUUGAAGUAAUCCAAAGGACUCAAAAAAACGGGGAAAAGAAAGAUAUGUUCUGUCCAUCUAUAAUUGCAGAAUAUACAAGAAGUAUGGGUGGCGUGGACCAUUUCCAUUCCACCAUUAUCGAAGUUCGUACGCAAUUGGCCGCAGGUCAAAAAUGUCAUGGUUCCGCCUGUUUUGGUUUUUGUUCGAGAGUGCUAUUAUUAACGCAUACAUUUUAUAUAAACACAAACACGAAAAUCGUCAAAACAUACACCGAGAUUUUAGAUUACGUUUAG